AUGACAGGCACGCACUCCAUCAUCACUCCCGCCAUUAUGUACUGGGGAACUCCAGUCGCUCUAAUCACAACCUCCAACGAAGACGGCACCGCCAACAUUGGCCCCGUAUCCUCAGUAUGGUGGCUCGGCCAUCGUUGCCUCCUAGGCCUCGCUUCAGGAUCCCAAACCACCCUCAAUCUCUUCCGUACCAAACACUGCGUCAUCAACCUCCCCAGCGCUGACAUGGCGCACUACAUCAACCCGAUCGCCAAAACCACCGGCACACCUACCGUCCCUCCCGGCAAGAAGGACCGAGGCUACACGCACUGCAAAGACAAGUUCGCUGCUUCAGGCCUCACCCAACAACUUUCUGAUCUCGUGCAGCCGCCAAGAAUCUCAGAGUGUCCUGUGCAGAUGGAAGCCGAGCUUACGAAUAGCAUGGAUUUGAUGCAGGAAGUGCCGGACUGGAAGGGGCGUCUCGUGGCCAUUGAAGUCAAGAUUCUCAGGACCCAUGUUCGGCAUGAUCUGAGGAUGGAGGGGUAUGCUAAUAGGAUUGAUCCUGAUCGCUGGAGGCCGUUGAUCAUGAGUUUUCAGGAGUUCUACGGUCUUACACCGUCAAAAGUUGCUGAGUCAAGUCUCGGUACUAUUGAUGAGGAAAAAUACCGCGUUAUUACUCGCUCGGAUGUUGUGAAGCAGGGAGGAGAUAUGGAUACUGUUGACAGUGAGGCUGGACAACAAUGCCAAGGCGCCCCUCUUUAG